GAACCUACACCUGAUUGGCUACAGUCUGUGUGACGUUUGCGGAAGUAAAUGGAGCAGCGUCGUUUGACCGAUGGAAACGAGAGUCUUUUUCAGGCAGGACAUUCACGUGUGAGAGGAAAACAUAGAGGGUUUGACUCCAGGUGACUCAACAGAAGGAUGAGGGUCUCCACCAGUCACCUGCAGCAGCUGGCCAUCUUCACCACUGUGCUGACCGGUGCAGGGGUCGCCACCAUGUACUACCUGAUGCAGAAGAAAUUCAGCGAGUCAGACUGGCACAGACUGGCUCUGCAGAAGUUGGAAGCAUGUCCAGCUGCCUUGGAAAGCCUCGGAGUUCCACCUUUAAAAGUCUACAACAUCCACCUGACGGACAGACACAACCAUCUGGAUCGGGACAGUGCUCGGAUGAAGAUUCCUGUGACUGGGUCAAAAAGCGGUGGUUACGUGUUUACUUCUACAACGAGAGACCCUGACACCAACAGGUGGAGACUGAAACGGGUGGUGCUGCAGCUGCGUGAUGGACAGAUCAUUGACCUGCUGACUCCUCCCCCUCCUGCUACAGAACAAGCCCAGACUUCAGAGCUCACACAUGAAGCAGACACUGACCUCUGGCACUGACAGAGUUCCUGUUGUUCUGAUGACGGAGGUGCAUGUGACUCACAGUCGCUGAGCUUCGGUACUGUAUCUGGUUUUGAAUAAACAGUGUGAUUGAAA